GCACCACUUUACACACUUCAACUUCUCCUGGGGUCUGCCUCACUCACCAAGCUGGUCCAUUUCUCCAUAACGCCCAAGAACCCUCUGACGACAUAAACGCGUCGACAGGACGGACCUCUGUGGUGUAAUCUUCCAAUCCUCCCCCAUCGCUGUGUCCUAUCUCUAUCCACCUUAGAUACUUCACUGUUUAGUGCGCGCGUCGUUUUGGUGUGCUUCAUCCACGCGGCUGCCGCCACAACCCACCAGAAUCUUCCGUUGUGGUAGUCGUCAACGGACAAGACCGAACGGAACCCAACGACACCCACACAACUCAACCUUGGCCGCAGCCACGGGACGACUCAUAGCUCACUCUUGCGCAAGGAAGGAGCUGGGAUCUGCGCUUGUGGCCUCGCACCACGACCACACCCAGCCCAGGGCGGGCAUCUGACUAUAUCCACCCACCCACGUCUCAAGACGUCAACACCGGCUAAUCAUCCCCCCUCACGUCCCCAAAACCACACUUUUUUUUUUCUGGCCGAGCCGGCGCUGUGCGGAACUGCGUCCCUGGACGCACGCCCACUUCUGAGCAUGCCUCUGUUCGAUCUUGGUUCACUGUUCCUCGACCAUGUUGUCUUCAUCACAAACCUCGUCUAUAUGAACAUCGCCCUCUCCAAUGCUGAGCCCAGCCUGCUAUUUCCGCUUUAUGUUGUGUCCAAGCUCCUGGCAAAAGGACCGGAAGAUUGGGAUUCUCCAACAGCAAAAUGGCCCCCGCCAAUGAAGUGGUAGCCGACUACGGCUAUCAAACCCCUGACGAGAACAACCGCACUUCGUAUUUCGCUCAAGCCAACGACACUCCGUCCACUUCAUUUCAAACGCCAAAGUCCCCCCUCAGACGACCUCCUUUCGGUCCCCACUCGUCUCAUGGACUUGUCCUGGAAUCGGGGGAUGGGGCGCUUCCCUCUGUCGAAGGGCGGGCAGAGUCGAACGAGUCCAAGUCCGAUAACGCGAAAGCUAGCAAAGAGAAUCGUUCCAGCUUCCAGAAGGUGGGAAUUCGAGACCGGAUCGCCUGUCACACAUGGACCUGGUUUACAAUGACAAUGGUGAGCAGCGAACACCAGACGCCGCUUCAUCAAGAUGCUGAUAUGCCAUAGGCCACUGGA